GAUAUAUUAACAAAAAGUUUUGAAGAUUUCAAUGAUGCAGAAAUGUCUGUAAUAGAAUACUGCGGAUCAAAUUUUCACCCUGUGAAAGUUGAUUCCAAAGAAAAAUUUAAUGCUAUAAUUGACGUGUCUAAUCAAAUUGAGAUAAAAUAAAGAUAUUACAAGACAAUGAACGACAUAUGUUACUUUUACAUAAGUUUAAAAAAAGUCAUAUCAUAUACACUUUCACAAAUAUCUUGAUGUAAAGAGAUCAUCUUUUUUAUUUCAAAAAGCAUUUACAAAAAGUAUUAAGAGUUUAAUGCUAUUAUUGAUAUGUCUUGUCCGAUUGACAAUCAAAACACUAUUGAUGGUUUGCCUUUAUUCCUUUCACAUGGUUUUAUUAACGAAAUAGGUUACAAUGAACUGAUUUUGUGUGAAGAAAUAGGAAGAGGUGCUUAUGGAACUGUUCAAAAGGCAAUAUGGAGAAAUCAAAUGGUUGCAAUAAAAGUUUCAGAAAAUCAAAAUGAUCGUAGAGAAUUUAGAGAGGAAGCAAAGCGGUUAUCUAUUGUGCAGCACAUAAACAUUAUUCAACUAUACGGAGCAGUUGUAAAUGGACCAAAACUGUGUUUAGUGAUGGAGUUAGCAGAGUGCGGUUCGUUGCAUGCUUUGUUGCACCCAUCACAUGACAAUAAAACGUUUCAUUAUACACUUGCUCAUGUGUUAAAUUGGGCAUUACAAUGUGCUGAAGCAGUUGAGUAUCUACACAAUAUAAAGCCAAUGCCUAUCAUACACAGAGAUCUAAAGCCACUAAAUAUGUUGUUAAAGCAAUCUGGGACUGUUUUAAAAAUAUGUGAUUUUGGUACAGCAUGUCACCCUCAUUCAGAAAUGACUGCUAACAAAGGAAGUGCAUCGUGGAUGGCACCACAAGUAAUUACAGGAGAAAAGUAUUCUGAGAAAUGUGAUGUAUAUAGCUUUGGGAUCAUACUUUGGCAGAUGUUAACAAGAAAAAAACCAUUUGAAGGAAUUCCAUAUUAUAUCAUGUGGAGCGUGAGUAAAGGAUUACGGCCUUAUCCAAUAAAAGGUAUACCAUCAUGUUUAGAAGUUCUCAUUCAGAGGUGUUGGCAGAAUGAAGAAAAAGAUCGACCGGCUUUUGUUGAUAUUGUGAAGUUUUUGCGUAAAGCUAACUUGUAUGUAUACGGCGGAACAUUACCUUUGAUGAAUUGCGGACAAUUUGCUAACAAACAAUCUUGUUGGGUUAAUAGUGGAACAAAAACAUCAAUACCUAGCAAGACAAAUGAAGUUCACAUUUCAAAAGGAAUUUCUUCAAAUUAUCCAGAAAACUUUGAUUCUCAAAUAAUAUCAGAAACUUUAUCUACAAAGAAUUUGCGUCCUAGUCAAAGCCAAUUUAUUUUGAUUCCACCUGAUUUGAUGCCAAUGAAACCAUUGCAAGAUCCAGAAUCUAUCCAAAUAUAUAAGAAUUAUAUGGAAGAAUUGGAAAACUACUUAUCUAUACAAAGAAAUAUAGAGUUUCUUAAACAAAAAAGAGACAAUUUGCAAAGUAUGGUCGACUUCAAUUCAGCUCAAAAAACCAGGCAACAAUUACUGGACAUGCACAAGACAAUAAAACUAUUGUUAGAAAAUGAACGUGCUAAAUUUGCUAGAAAGUUUUUAAUGGAUCCCAACCUGCGAUGAUUAAAUCUUUAUCGAAAAUUCGAAAUUUCAAAAUAAAAAAAUCGAAAAUUCAAAACUUCGACAAAGAAUAUAUUUAAUAAACAACCGUUAGUUGUAAUAUACUAUGAAUAAUGCACAUAAAGUGAAAUGCGGGACAAAUUUUAUUUGGAAAAAAACUUUUAAAGUAAUAAAAUUAUUUUAAACUUAUAAGUUUAUUGUAAUUAAAUGUAAUCGUAAAAUUUUGGUUAAAUUUUGUACUUAGUGUAAAAGUGAAUAGGCAAAAGAACAACCUCAAGUUA